GCUAUAUAUAUGGCUACUGCAGAUUCAUUGUAAGUGUUACUUUGUAUUGUAUUUUCCACAACUUUUAUCAAUCCAGAUUAUAGAAGAGUUCUAUCUCUUCUUUUUCACUUCUUCUUCUCUUCUUCCUUAAGCUCCAUCAAUGGAGAUCUUCUAAACGUGUGCAGUCUGUUCUUUUGUUUAACAUGGUAUCAGAGCAGGUGUAGAUCACUGUUCUUCUCAUCUCUGAAAAUCGAGUUCAUCUCCUUAUCGAUUUCUGCACUCAUCUGAAGAUCGAAUUUCUCUUCUUGUCGAUUUCAGUGUGUUCUGUUAUCUUCUUCUUGUUGAUUUCUUCAGUACUCUGUCUUUUGUUUCCUGUGAAUCGAAUUCAUCAUGGUUGAAGUUUCUGGCCAAUCUUCCACAUCAGGAACAGGAGGAACAGGAGGGAACACAAUCGAUAUUAGUAACCCUCUCUACAUACAUCCAUCUGACAAUCCAAGUUUGACCCUAGUUCCAGUAGCUUUCGAAGGAAUUGGUUAUCGAUCAUGGCGACGAGGUGUGAUGAGAUCGUUAUCUGUGAAAAACAAAUUAGGAUUCAUUACUGGAGAGUUCAAACGCCCUUCUUCAACAUCUCCACAAUAUUGUCAAUGGGAGAGAUGUGAUAACAUGGUAAUAUCUUGGAUCCUAAAUUCUCUUAGCAAAGAUAUUGCAGACAGUGUAGAGUAUGUUUCUGAUGCAGUAGAACUAUGGAAAGAGUUAGAAGAUCGAUAUGAUCAAACGAAUGGUGCCAAAUUGUUUCAAAUUCAAAGGGAUAUAAAUGAUCUAAGUCAGGGAGUUCUUGAUGUUACUGUGUACUACACUAGGAUGAAGAAGCUCUGGGAGGAGUUGAGUAAUCUGAGUAUCAAAAACCAGUGUAGUUGUGCUUGUAGCUGUGGAGGUAAAGAAAUUAUGCACAAGGCUGAACAAGAUCGAAGAUUGAUUCAAUUUUUAAUGGGGCUUAAUGAAGUCUAUACUGUUAUUAGAGGUAAUAUUCUGAUGAUGAAUCCACUACCAUCCAUGGCUCAAGCCUUUGCAUUACUUGUACAAGAAGAGAAACAAAGGGAGUUUAAGCCACAUAGUCAAAUGUUUGCUGAAGGAAGUUCAAUGAAUUCAUCCAUACGUGGUGGUUCAUCUAAUCCAUCAGGUGGAAGGUUAAAUUCUGCCAAUACCAGUUCAUCAAACUCAACAGGAGGAAGAGUGUUCAGAACAAAUUAUGCACCAAGCAAUUAUCCUGCAAACAAUAGGCCUAGACCUUUUUGUGAACAUUGCAAGAGAUCAGGGCAUGUUAUUGAUAAAUGUUACAAGUUACAUGGCUAUCCCAAUCAAAAUAACUCAUCUAAUGGUCAAGGUGUUAAUCAGAAUCAAAGGGUACAGACCAAUUACAAUGCAAGUAAUAGGUAUUCUAGAGGUAAAGGAGUGGUGGCAUCUAAUGUCUUUGCAGAAUCAUCAAUGGGAAAAGCUGAUGCUCAUACAGCCUGUAGUGCUAAUCUCACCAAUGAACAAUGUGGUCAACUUAUUAAUCUGUUGCAACACAUUCAAUUAGGACAGCCUGAAGAUGUUGAUUCUGAGGAACAAGUGACUUGUGGAGCUGCAAACUUUGCAGGUAUGAUAGCUUGCAACUCAUCCAUUGAUUUUGAUAAGCUGUCGUGUGGUUGUCUCAAAUCAAGGACUGACUUAUGGAUACUGGAUUCAGGAGCUACACACCACAUGACCUUUAACAUCAACCAUCUUUCACAUAUUACUAAUCUACCAUAUCCUCUGUUAGUUAAAUUGCCAAAUGGAUACAAAGUUAAGGUGACUAAAGUUGGAGAUGUUAGAAUAAAUGACAUGAUCACAUUGUUCAAAGUUCUUUUUAUCCCUUCCUUUAAAUACAAUUUAAUUUCUAUUAGUUCCUUGUCUCUACAUCUCAACUGUACUGCAUCAUUCUCUAACUCAUCUUGUACCUUGCAGGGCCCUUCAAUGAAGAGGCCUCUGGAGAUUGGUAGAGAACAAGAUGGAUUGUACUUCCUUUGCUCAGAUUGUUUGAAAAAGAAAAAAGACAGUCCAUUCAUUUCACAGGUCUCAUCUUCAAUGUCUUGUUCUUCUCACAACAAUAAGAUAGACUCUCAGUGUCAAUGUUUCUCUCAUUCUUGCAGUACCAUCAAUCAUUCUUUUUAUCCUUUGUUCAAUUCUCAGAAUGUUAAAUCAGCUGUAAUGAACACAAUUCCUAGUGACACUGAUAAUGUACUUUCUGAUUCUGUACCUCUUUUAUCUCAUGAUUCUUGUAAUGAUUUGUUAUGGCAUUAUAGACUUGGGCAUGUACCUUUUAUAAAGAUGAAAGGGAUUACAUCCAUUCCUGUAGUUUUUUCAUCUAAACAGCCUUUUACAUGCAAUAUUUGCCCUAUGGCCAGACAAACUAGACUUUCUUUUCCACCUAAGACUCAUAAUACAUCAAAGAUUUUUGAACUUCUGCAUAUAGACCUAUGGGGUCCUUAUCAUGUGCCUACUCAUGACAAUUUUAAAUACUUCAUUACCUUAGUUGAUGACUUUAGUAGAACUACUUGGACACAUUUGUUGAGUUGCAAAAGCAAUGCUUUACACAUUGUGAAAUCUUUUGUUAAUAUGGUAGAAAAUCAGUUUAAAACAAGUAUUCAAACAAUAAGAUCAGAUAAUGGUCUUGAGUUUGUGAAUCAAGAAUCUAUCCUUUAUUUUCAAUCCAAAGGAAUAUUACAUCAGAAAUCUUGUCCUUAUACACCACAACAAAAUGGUGUGGUAGAGAGGAAGCAUAAGUAUCUACUAGAAACAGCUAGAGCUCUUCUUUUCCAUUCCAAAUUACCUACUAAGUAUUGGGGAGAAUGCAUUCUUACUGCCACAUAUAUAAUCAAUAGACUCCCUUCUGCAUAUCUUCACAAUAAGUGUCCCUUUUCUAUACUGUAUAAUCAAGAACCCCAAUAUUCUCACAUGAAAAGUUUUGGCUGUCUUUGUUUUCCUACUACACCCAAACAUCAAAGAAAUAAGUUUGAACCUAGAGCUACACCUCAUGUAUUCCUAGGAUAUCCUUUUGGAGUUAAAGGUUAUAAGGUGUUAAAUUUGAGCAGCAAGAAAAUACAUAUUUCUAGAGAUGUUGUGUUCCAUGAAACAGUAUUUCCUUUUUCCAGUAUGUUCAAUUCUCCUGUCAAGUUAAGUUCUACAUUUGAUAAUGUUUUUUUUGACAAUGAUAAUAUUGAUCUCACUUCUCCAGAACCUGAACAAUGUGAUCCCAUUUUGACUACUUCUCCUUCACCAAACCUCACACCCUCAGAAUAUGAUCCUCCCAUCAGAAAAUCUACUAGAUCUCAUAAGCCUCCAGUUUAUCUUAAAGACUAUAUGACCUCUUUACAUGCCUCUUUUUCACAUCACCAUCAUAUAGCUUCUACAUCCUUGUAUCCUGACAGUCAGUCACUUAUAUUGAGUGUGUCACAUGAUUGUGAACCAUCAUCAUUUAAUGAGGCUGCAAUGAAUCCUGCUUGGCAAGAUGCAAUGACACAAGAGUUGACUGCAUUACAUGACAAUGAUACUUGGGAACUUAUGCCACUUCCUACUGGUAAAAAGGCUAUUGGAUGUAGAUGGGUUUAUAAGGUAAAACAUAAGGCUGAUGGGAGUAUAGAAAGGUACAAAGCAAGGCUAGUUGUAAAGGGUUACACUCAGCAUUAUGGAGUAGAUUAUACAGAGACAUUCUCUCCAGUUAUCAAAAUGACAACUGUGAGAGUUUUGAUAGCCACUGCUGUAAAGAAGCACUGGAAUAUAUACCAGUUGGAUGUUAAUAAUGCCUUUCUUCAUGGAGAGCUGCAUGAAGAAGUAUAUAUGGAUAUUCCACAGGGAUUGGAUGUUACAACUAAAGGCAUGGUUUGUAAGCUCAACAAGUCCCUAUAUGGAUUAAAACAGGCCAGCAGACAGUGGUAUGCUAAGUUGUCUGAUGCCUUGAAGUCUAGGGGAUACACUAACUCCUUAAAUGACUACUCUUUGUUCUAUAGAAAACAAGGUCCUUCCACUGUGUUUAUAGCUGUAUAUGUAGAUGAUAUUCUACUUACUGGAAAUGAUGCUGAAGAAAUUGAUCAGUUAAAGAACUAUCUUCAUAACCAAUUCAAAAUCAAGGAUUUGGGAAAGCUGCACUAUUUUUUGGGCCUGGAAGUAUUAUAUACAGAAGCUGGAAUGCUUAUCUCUCAGAGAAAAUUUGUACUUGAUCUUCUCAAAGAGUAUGACUGCACAACAUACUCUAGUCUUGCUUCUCCUCUUGACUCUACAAUCAAGCUCAAAGCCAAUGAAGGGAAACUUCUGGAGAAUCCUAAGUCAUAUAGAAAGUUGAUUGGAAAGUUAAAUUUCCUCACCAAUACAAGAUUAGAUAUUGCAUAUGGAGUACAGCAUCUGAGUCAGUUCAUGCAGGAACCUAGAGAGCCUCAUUUGCAGGCUGCAUAUCAUCUACUUAGGUACCUUAAAAAGGAUCCAACCUUGGGUUUACUCAUGUCUUCUACUAAUGAUUACCAGGUCCAAGCCUUUUGUGACUCAGACUGGGCAUCCUGUCCUGACUCAAGGAAGUCUGUUACUGGUUAUAUUGUGUUGUUGGGAUCAAGUCCUGUCAGCUGGAAAUCGAAGAAACAAGAAACUAUAUCCCUAUCUUCAGCUGAAGCUGAAUAUAGGUCCAUUAGAAAAGUAGUAGGGGAAUUGGUAUGGUUAAGCAGAUUGUUUGAAGAGCUAACUGUGCCAUGUGCUAGUCCUUUUCCUGUUUUCUGUGAUAGCCAGUCAGCAUUACAAAUUGCCAAGAAUCCUGUGUUCCAUGAAAGAACGAAGCAUAUUGAAGUCGACUGCCAUUUUGUGCGAGCUAAGCUUCAAGAGGGAUUAAUUUCAUUGCAUCAUAUUGGAACUGGUGAACAACUUGCUGACAUUCUAACCAAAGCACUCACUGGAGUAAAGCAUUCAGCAAUCUUAAGCAAGUUGGAUCUGCUUGCUACACCUCCAACUUGAGGGGGGGUGUUGAUAUUUAUAUAUGUAAACAACUAGUUAUUAGUUACAGCUCUUCAAUUAGUUAGUUAUAUUUCCAU